CCGGGAAGGCGAUUCGUGGAUGCCGCGGGCCUAGCCGUGGCUGGGGAUGGGCGCGCGUGCGCACUCGGCACCCUUUUCCGACGCCUCGCGCCGGCAGGGCUUCAGCGUUCCGGCGUCCGGGCGGCGCGUCUCGCUUCUCUUCCCUGCUGGGGCCUCGGUGGUCGCGGGUAGCGCCACCUACUCCGGCCAGUCGGCGCAACGCUCGAGUGGCCUGGCAAGGGAGCGGGCCGUGUGCUCGUGGAGAACACGGGGACCGGAGAGAGUAGGCGCUGGAGAGCUGGGGAAAGGGGGCGGUGGAGGGACCCGAGGGCGCACAGCAUGGCCGAAAACCGAGAGCCCCGCGGGACCGUCGAGGCUGAGCUGGACCCGGUGGAGUACACCUUGCGGAAGCGGCUUCCCCACCGCCUGCCCCGGAGGCCCAAUGACAUCUAUGUCAACAUGAAGACUGACUUUAAGGCGCAGCUGGCCCGCUGCCAGAAGCUGUUGGACGGAGGGGCGCGGGGUCAGAACGCAUGCAGUGAGAUCUACAUCCACGGCUUGGGCCUGGCCAUCAACCGGGCCAUCAACAUUGCCUUACAACUGCAGGCGGGCAGCUUCGGGUCCUUGCAAGUGGCUGCCAAUACCUCCACCGUGGAACUUGUCGAUGAGCUGGAACCGGAGACGGAUUCACGAGAGCCGCUGACCCGGAUCCGCAACAACUCUGCCAUCCAUAUCCGCGUCUUCAGGGUCACGCCCAAGUAACUGAGAUGAGGCUGGCCCACCUUAUCCACCCACCCCCAUACACCUGGGGCUCAGAUGUGGCUCUUCUUGUCCUGAGUACUGUCAUGGAUCUUCAGCCAGAGCCAUGUAGGAAAAAGCCCAUCCCCUGGCAGCCCGGAGGACUCUGAAUUGAGAGGGCAAAUACCGUCUUUUGUUGGGCCCAAGCAGUGGGUCUUCUUGGAUCUUUGUGGUCUGUAGCCAUUGUCCUGUACAAUAAAAAGUUUCAAGUUA